GAACCUACGUUGUAUAAGAAUAGCUGUAGACUACGCAUAAAGCAUGGCUAUCCAGGAAGCAUGUUCGUUGAUCUGUUGUUUUUGUAGAGCAUUCACCUUGUUGCUGGUAUCGAUGUCUGUUCAAGUGAGUGCAGCACAUUCUCCAAUUGAUCCAAGUGUUUUGAGGAAGCCAGAUUGGCAAGAUCGACUUGUUACUUGGUGGAUGUCAGUCAGAGGACCCAUAGCAACUCUGAUCCUUGGUGGACUGGGUUUGUCCUGGUUGAUAAUCAAGAUCACAGGAAAAGAAAAACACAGGGCAGAAUAUUUACGUUGGAAAGCUAAGCAGGAGAAGGAAAACAAAAAAGGUGUUUUGAAAUCUCCAACUGAUGAAAGAGAAACCAUUAUAUCAAAGGAUUUGAAAAUAUUCUUUGGAACACAAACUGGAAAGGCUCAGAGUCUUGCAGAGUUGCUACAAUCUGAAGCACAAGAAAGUGGGUUGAGAACUGAACUUGUAGAUUUAAAGAACUAUGAACCAGAAGACAACCUUUCUGAAGAGACAGGAACUUGUAUAUUUAUUGUUAGCACCUAUGUGGAUGGAAAGCCUCCUGAAAGUGUGCAAUGGUUUUACAAAUGGCUAGAGGAGGCUGCAAAUGAUUUUCGUGUACAGAAAUCCCUCCUGCAAGGGCUAAACUAUGCUGUGUUUGGCCUUGGUAAUUCACUUUAUGAAGAGAAUUUCAACUUGGUUGGGAAAAGAGUUGAUAAAUGGCUAGAGUUGCUUUGUGCAAAACGUGUCUUUCCAUUUGGAAUGGGAGAUGAAAAUGUCGCCAACAGCAAACAUGGAGGCACAGAGGAGGAUUUCAAGUUCUGGAGAACAGAUUUCUUGUCCUUCAUAAAGGGCACAAGUGGAAAAUCAACAAGAAAUGUAUGUCAGUGUUCCAGUGGAUCAAACUCCCAAUCUGAUGAAACCUGUUAUCAGGGAGAUGAAGGUCCUCAAGAAAAUGAGGGUGAAGAUGACGAGGUUCUCUAUGAAAGCACAAGUGAGGAGUCUGCUGCCGAAGAUGAAGAAGAGAACAAUUCUGGCCUGUUAGAUAUGGAAGAUCUGGGUCCAAUGAUGAAUAAAAUGAAAAAAGAUAAGGAAGAAAAAGAAGCCUCAAGCUUGAAAGGCUCCAAGAAAGUUGUAGGUAGCAAGAAAAAGGUGAAGACAGAGCCAAAAGAGAUGAUAACCCCUGCACUGGAGAAAGCCCUGACAAAACAAGGUUACCGUCUGAUUGGUUCUCACUCUGGAGUCAAACUUUGCAGAUGGACAAAGUCAAUGUUAAGAGGUCGUGGAGGUUGUUACAAACAUACCUUUUAUGGUAUAGAGAGUCAUCGUUGUAUGGAAACAACACCCAGCUUAGCUUGUGCUAACAAGUGCGUGUUCUGUUGGAGGCAUCACACGAAUCCUGUUGGAACAGAAUGGAAAUGGAAGAUGGACGAUCCUGACACGAUUGUGAAUGGCGCCAUGGAGAAUCACCGCAACAUGAUCAAACAGUUCAGAGGUGUUCCUGGUGUGAAACCUGAGAGAUUCGAAGAAGGAAUGAAAAUAAGGCAUUGUGCUCUUUCUCUUGUUGGUGAACCUAUCAUGUAUCCAAGAAUAAAUGAACUCGUCAGGAUUCUGCACGGACAUGAUAUUUCAUCUUUUCUUGUUACGAACGCACAGUUUCCUGACGCUAUAAGGAACCUCAUUCCAGUGACUCAGUUGUAUGUGAGUGUGGAUGCCAGCACUAAAGAGAGCCUCAAGAAAAUCGACCGACCACUGUUUAGAGAUUUCUGGCCUCGGUUUUUGGACAGUCUCAAGGCUCUGUCAGAAAAGGGUCAGAGAACUGUCUACCGUCUCACACUUGUAAAAUCCUGGAAUAACGAAGAACUCAAAAACUAUGCCGACUUGGUAUCCAUCGGCAAACCAGACUUCAUUGAAGUUAAGGGUGUAACCUAUUGUGGAGAAUCUAAAGCAUCCACCCUAACAAUGCAGAAUGUGCCAUGGCACGAAGAGGUCAUUGGGUUCGUUCAGAAGCUUACAGAUUUACUACCUGACUAUGAAAUCGCGUGUGAACACGAACAUUCCAACUGCCUUCUUAUCUGCCACAAGAAGUUUAAGAAAGAAGAUGGAUGGUGCACAUGGAUCGAUUACACCACUUUCCACCGUCUGAUGCAACGUUAUGAAGAGAGCAACGGAAGAGAAAACUUUACUGCUCUGGACUACAUGGCCAAGACACCAGAAUGGGCCUUGAUGGGACAUGAUCAGAGAGGGUUCGAUCCGCAGGAGACUCGGUGGCAUCGCAAGAAAAAGAAGGACAUUAGUGGCUGUUAAACAUUCCCGAUGGAUGAAUUUGUGUGUAAUCACCUUUACAGUCGGUUUAGUCCGCUGCGUAAAUUUCUAAAGAGUGAUGCAUUCAUAAAGCGGAGAUGAGGUUUCAAUUUAAUUUUUGGAGUGCGUGACUUUUUGGGAACAUUAGGCCUACGUUUUCGAGGACCAAAACCUGGCGAAGGAUUGCAUAAAUGUACCUUGUAAUGAAACAUGUUAGCUGGAGAAUAACACGUUUAGAAACGUUGUUUCCGUUCCCUUCAGUAACUUUAUUUUGUUAAGAAAACUGACGUAUUAGAAAUGGCCAGAACAAGGGAGAGUUAUUGUUGUUACACGAAUCUGGCAAGAAUACCUGUUUAUACGCGAGCAACCCGUCAGUUGUAUGUAAAUGUGCGCAAUGGCUAUAAACAGCAAUCUGAGUAUGAAAUGCAUGUGAGUUAAACAAAACAAAUAAACUUAGCUUAUUCUAA